AUGGCCGAGAAGUUUCUCAAGUUCAGCAUUGAUGAUGGCAUUGGCUGCGUCACGUGCAUCAUGUGGCUCAACCAACUCACCUCUUCUUACUUCAGCCGGUUCGACUCAUCGACGAUUCUGCUGCACUCAAGAAUCGCUCGUAGACAAGCAAGAGACAUCAGAAUCGGAGCCGUAGCUCGCGUUCGUGGCCGCGUCGGCUUGUACAGAGGAGUUAUGCAGAUCACGGCGACUAAUGUGGUAAUCGAGAGAGAUCCUAACGCUGAGAUCUUGCACUGGUUGGAGUGUGUUAGGCUUGGUCGAAGCUGUUAUCGAAUUCAAAGUUAA